AGAUGCACUCGCUGCGUGCUGCAAGACAGAAGUUCUUCUUGCCGUAUCUCUAUACCUCCAUCACCUCCUUAAUCAUCAAUCUUCUUUCCCUCCUUCCCUCAUACCUCAUACUUGCUGCCGGCCAGCCUAACAACUCCCUCACAACCCUCUAGACGAGGCAUACCUCUCAUUCCAGACUACUCUCUUUAACAAACUCGCAAUAUGACUCGCAAGAUCCAGAAGACAUCGACUGUCACCUCUGCCGCUGCAGCCCUUGCAGCACUUCCAAGAGCCUUUGCUUCGACCCCCGCUGCGCGAUGGGGUCAUCAAGGAGUUUACGUCAAAUCCAAGAAGGCAAUGUAUAUUGUAGGUGGUGAGACGUCGGCUUCCGGUUAUCAAAUCACCAACGAAGUCUUGGUACUUUCGCUUAAUUCAUCAAGCCCAUCUUUUACCACAGGCUCAUCAGAUGGUCUUCCCGCCCAUGCUUUUGCUUCUGCGGCCUUAUCAAACGAUGAAAAUUCGCUUGUCGUCAUGGGAGGUAUGACCUCGGACUGUAGCUCGGAUGGUUUAGCCCAUACUCUCGACCUUUCAAACGACGACGAAUGGACUUCUACUUCACCUAGUAAAUUCACGAGACGUAGGGGUGCAGGGAUGGCUUGGGUUGAUAACAACUCCACGUAUGGAGAAUUCAUGGUCAUUGGUGGCAUUGCAGAUUCCUACUCUUGUUCAUCUUCCACUUCGGCCUACACCGCAGCGGAUGUACUUUCUCUACCCCUCUCCUCCUCCGCCCUUGUCUCCUCUCGAUCCCUUCCUAAAUCUCUCACCGGUUCCACCUUGGCGGUUUCUGACUUUGGCCUUGCGAGUGACUCUUCUGGCAAGAUUUACCUGGCUGGUGGCCAAUCCUCCAGUGGUGAUCUAGUGUCUCUAGACACUAUCGGCGUUUGGGACUCGACUAAUGGUUGGCAAUCGCAGACCACUUCAGGUGAUGUGCCUGAUGGACGGGUUGGUGCAUCAUUGGUAGCGCAUCCUAACUUGGACAUGCUCGUCCUUCAUGGUGGUUCUGUGUCUAACAGCACCAGUGGCUCUUAUUCUUCGACCUCACUUCUUGCUUUCCUGAACACCACAACCUUUGAGUGGUCCACUCCUUCUAACCUCCAACCCCCUUCAUCCUCUGCUGCCUCUUAUCACUCCGCAGUGAUGACCGAUCAAGGUGUGAUGAUUAGUGCAUUCGGUCUCUCUGCUUCUGGCGCUCCUCGCUCCGAUGUCUAUUACCUUGACUUGCGAGACACUGCCAAGACUUCAUGGGCGUGGAAAUCAAGCUGGAAUAGCGAUAUGCUCGAAGCCUACUCUGGAUCUUCAACCAGUGCGAACGGUACAGCCAACGGGGUUACUGCAGCGGACGCCAAGAGUUCGUCCUCCAUGUCAUCCAAAAAGCUGGCUAGCAUCAUUGUGCCAAUUUUGGUGGUCGCUCUUCUGCUUACACCCCUUAUCGUGUACCUCAUCCGUCGCCGGGUCCGUGUCAUCAAGAAACGCCGUAUGGCUCAACACUUCUCCUUCUCCUCUCAAGAGGAUUCUGGAGCUUUCAAUUUCAGAACUCCUUUCAACCAGUACCUCGCCAAGCGUCGCUCUGAGGGUCAGUUCCCAGUGGGUGGUGACUCCAGCGAACGAGAAGGCAACUUUGUCACCGGCGUCACCGGUACGCUUGGUCGAAUGGUUAGCCGUCUCAGCAACCGCAGCUCUGACAGUGGUCACGAAGAUGCACGAGAGAGCGGUGAAGAAGGACAGAGACAGAUGGCUCAGGUGGGGCAGCGCGUUAUGAUUAAUCUGGAUGAUGCCCAGCCGAUGAAUUGGGAGGAGAUUGACUUUGGUCUUGGAAAACUCGACGAGUCAAAGGGUCAUGGCUCCUCCCAUGAUGCCAAUUCGAGAGCAUUCGUUCAAGACAGACAGAACUCUGUCCCGUCUGCGGCCGAGGGCUAUACUGCUGAUCAGUUAUACGCGCUUGAAGAAGUUCCCAGUGAGGCAGAGAACGUCCAUGCUCAGAUCAUCCCCAACACCCUUGUCACUGCCUACCCGGUCAUGGAACCCUCACCAGCUUACACACCUCAUCAAGCAGGAGAUUGGACUAAACUCCAAGAAGACUUGACACAGAAGCCUGCUUUCCAAAAAAUCUCUCCUUCUGCUCAACUUCGCUCUCACUCUCAUCCUGCUCCUGCUGCCAUUUCUCCUUUUGCCGAUCCUACCCUAGCCUCUGAAACUCUUGCUAUCAACAGAUCUUCCUCUCUUACUCGCACUAUCUCCCAAGCACCUUCUAUUGCUCCUAGCAUCCCUCCUUUCGAGUUUCAGCGAGCCGAGUCACCUGGUGGGACGAUCACCCUCGUCAACCCCCAAACGGCUGCUCAAACUCAGGAGAUUUUGCCUUUUGCUAGCGCCAAAGGUGCUAAUGGUACUCACCGAAGCGUCUCUCAACCCAUCACUCGUCAGCUCAUCGAUGGUAGACUCGCUCGUCGAGAAUCAGCCCCUUCAAGCUCCGGCUCUCACUCUGGUUCGGAAAGCGGUGAAGCGCAGCCAACUAAAACCUUGUCCCACGCAAAGGGCAGGACAGUUAGUGCCAAUCACGCUCCGCAAGUGAGAAGGUCCAGUUCUUCAAGUGCUGGAACGGUCAAGUACCCUUCUGCGUCGAGGAGGAAGACGCAGCUGCGGGUUGUCAACCUGACCGAAUCCGAAGAACACUAGGUGGUAAAGAAGCUGAGUACCUCAGCGUACUUUUCGUGAAUAGUGUGGAUUUUGUAGUUAUUGCGAGAGAUAAUAGUAAAGAAGGCGUUGUUGUUAAUCGAGCCGGCUGGUCCAGUUCGUGAAGGACGUUAACUGGUAAAUAAUAUGCAAAAAGCAGUACAACAAUAGUAAUAGCUUUAGUUCUUGAUGCAGACUGUGCUUUGGAUGAA